AUGGCGGACCUGCCACCUGAGCGACUCAAUACAUCUCAACCAUUCACAUACGUUGGUUUAGACGUUUUUGGUCCAUGGGCAGUCAUCGCACGACGCACAAGAGGAGGUCACGCUGAAAGCAAAUGCUGGGCAAUGUUGUUCAUUUGCAUGAGCACGAGAGCCAUUCACAUUGAAGUCCUAGAGUCCAUGGACACGUCAUGCUGCAUCAAUGCACUCAGACGGUUUUAUGCUCUCCGCGGACCAGCGAAACAGCUUAGAUCCGACUGCGGAACUAACUUCGUUGGAGCCUGCAAUGAGCUGAAAUUUGGAAAGGAACAACAACAGGAGACAAGAAUGCAGCGCUACCUGAGUGAACAAGGCUGCACAUGGGAGUUCAACCCACCUCACUCGUCACACAUGGGAGGUGUUUGGGAGCGCAUGAUUGGAGUAGCUUGGAGAGUCCUCGACUCCAUUCUAUUACAGAACAAAUCCUCUCACCUCUCGCAUGAAGUACUGUGCACCUUCUUGGCCGAAGUUACAGCGAUUGUCAAUGCUCGACCUCUUAUCCCAGUCUCCAACGAUCCUGAAUUGCCAUUCAUCUUGACACCUGCUCGGCUGCUUACCCAGAAGGUUGGUGCUCCUGCUCCCUUUGGAGAAUUCACCGACAAGGACCUGUUCAAGAGACAGUGGAGGCAGGUACAGAGUCUCGCCAGUAAGUUCUGGACCCGAUGGAAACGCGAAUACCUGCCUACCCUACAGAGCCGUACGAAGUGGACGGAAACCCAUCGUAACCUGCAAGAGGGAGAUCUUGUGCUCUUGAUAGACAAGCAAGUCGUCCGCAAUGAGUGGCCACUGGCUCGAGUUACUUCUGCCUUUGUGAGCGAUGACGGAAAGGUCCGCAAGAUAGAAGUCAAGGUCUCGUCCAACGUCACCGUCAAGAAGUUCAUGAGGCCCAUCUCAGAAGUCGCACUUCUACUACCAAAAGAGGACUGAACAUUACGUUUAUUUUCUAUUAUGCCAUACUAAAGAUGCCAGCCGGGGAGUAUUCUGGAUCCAUCUAUCCGUUUUUUAAAAUUGCACCCUCUAUUGACAACAAGUUCAUUCAUUCAACGAAUCACGUUUUAUCAAUUUUCCGUCAAAAGUUUGUUCCGACAUUUUCACACUUUGUGACUAGUUUAAUCCAUCCCAAUCUACUGCCUUCUCAGAUAACGCCUACGAGAAGCAUUGCCUUUUUACUCCUUGUUCAUCACUGACGUCAUAUACCCCCAGCUUGAAUAAAUCAUUACAGGAGCUUGGAGGCUAUUUCCUGACUCCCAUGUCGAUUAUUAAUGGAGUUUGGCUGGCUGUCUAUUUUUGGUUUCAAACACCUCAAGGAGGACAGUACAGUAUGGACAAACAAAUUGAACAUCAAGUUCGAAAUUGUGCGGCUUGUCAGAAUAGUGACAAGACGGCAUAUGCUCGCAUUCCGCCAUUGCAACCAGUUCCACUUCCAGCUCAACCAUGGCAUAAGCUUGCUAUUGAUAUUAAUGUGGUCCCUUUGAAUACGGCCCACAGGAAUGUAGAUUUGCGAUUGUCGUUAUGGACUACAAGUGGCCUAAAAUUGCAUUUUCUGCCAACGUCACUUCGCAGUCCGUCUGCUCCAUGC